CUAAUUCUGCAAUGACAGAGCCAACAGUUAGUUCAUAGCAGUGUUUGUCUCUGGAGUAUAUCCUGCAGGAGUGCUUUUAACACAAUGUUGACCAGAGAGGGGGCACCGAGAGGACGCUUUCUACUGGAAAUUCCCAACGAUGGUCACAGUCACAGCCUGCUUUGUGGUGCGGGUAAAUCGUGGACCUCCCGGCCAAACAUGAGAGAGACAGACUGCGGAGGAAACAUGUGUCUACCUGAUGUUUGAACUGCAGGGUAUUAUGCAGCCACAGCAGCCAUUCACACAAUUUGAAAGAAGGAUGCACGAAGCUGAGAGGAAAGUUCGGUGAAGCGUUCCAGUUAAGAGUGGAGUGCCUUAAUAGAAGCGUGCUGAAAGCUUUUUAUCCUGUCUCUUGCUGUUUUCUGCAAUAAAGAAAUCAUUGAAGAGUCUGCGUUCUCAAACCCCACCAAAACAAGAUUAUAAGGCUUUCGGUGACCCGGUUUCAGUGGCGUGGAUAUGGGAGAGUUGGUCUGAAUGCUGCUGCUGGUUCAGCUCUGGACUUGUCUUAUUGUCCUGAACCACUAGUGAAGUGAGGAGAAUGAAACCAGUUACUCCAGUCGGUUCCCCGUCACCUCUCAGGCUCCUGAACAAAGGCCCGGAGUACCUACGCAGGCAAAUGGAAAGCGACAAUAAGGGUCGGACACUGAGUGCUGUUGAGAGGCUUGAAGCAGACAAGCUCAAGUAUGUUAAAAGCCAGAAAGUGAUGAACGCCAAGCUAGAGCCCAUCGUCAGUCCUUGUGUGACUCCACAGUCUUCUGCUCGAAAUUGGGUCAAACCAGAUGAGGCGAGAGGUCCAUGCCAGGACUUUAAUGACAGAAAAGAGAAUGCCAAGAUGGAACAGCUUAACAAUGUCAGGAACAUCUUGGUGGACAAGCCGUCCCAUGACUCGGUGGUCACUAGGAGGACCACCUCCAAGAGAGUCAUGAGGCCUGACUCCUUAAUCAUUUACCGACAGAAACGUGACUGCAAGACAGGGAGCAACGAGAACUCCAGAGGCUACAACUUCAUCCGACGCCUAUUUCAGGGGUCCAUGAGGGACAAACAAGUGACCCCUCUGGAGUUGCCAAAGAUCAUCCUGAAGGAGAACAGUAGAUCCUUCUCUGAAGGCAGCUCCCCGCUGUUGCACAUGUGCCGUCUCAGUGAAGAUGAAGCAACAAAGGUGGGGAGCCAUUGCGUCAAUCUCUUCACCCACAAAGGAAUCGCAGGUUCAGUUUCUCCAAACUUUUCUGUGACCAGAACUCAAAACUUGCCAAGCAAUCCACCUGAAGCAAGCGGCCGAGGAGCUUUGAGAAGCAGGACUUUGCAACGCUCAGACUCGGACAUUCUCCUGCGUAACUCGGUCGCCUCGUCGGAGGAAGAAAGAUUUUUUAAUUACUGCGGGCUUGAGCCAGAUGUAGCAGAGCAUCUCGGGCUGGCGAACCUCUCUCCUGCUGCCUCGGACUCUAUCUCACCCAGGAUUCAGAAUUUCAGCAUGACUGAGAGUGAUGGCAGCGAACUGUCUCAUGGAAGCAGAGGUGGCGAGGGCCUUUAUGAAGAAGAAACUCAUGAGCAGGUCUCACUGGGGAUAUCUGUCAUUGAACGGAACGCACGGGUCAUCAAGUGGUUGUAUAGUUGCAAAAAGGCCAAAGAGGGACCAAAGGAGUCAACAGUGUAGAGAGGGAAGGAGAGCUUUAGAAUUUACCCCAACAUGCAAAGAGGAUAUUUUCAUUGAAGUACAUUACUGCUUCACUAAUGCCAAGGGGAAUUGAAACAGAUCCUGUCUUUAGCUCAACCAUAUGGCACAUAUUUGAGAAGUUUUAUUUUCUUAAUUUAACUCCUAAACCUGAUGUUCUGCUUUGGUCUGAAGGUUUUAGCUGAAGUAAUUAAACGAUCAAGGGAUGCUGAAUGUGAUGUUUGGUGCAGCAUCAGCCCUGAAAGGAUGGGGUGGGGCUAGUGGGCUUUCCUUUAUUAGAGUUUUUGUGCUCAUCAAGGUCAGGGUCUUGGGUGCCAGGGAGUAGACUGCUUUCACACACCCAUAUCAACAGCAAGCACACCCAGACCCAGUACAGCACGGAUUAGGAAGAAAGACUUCUGAAGUACUUUACAGUCAAUGAAGUACGUUAGAAGUGUACAUUGACGCUGUUUAAUGUGGGAAAUAUGACAGCCAAUUUGCACGCAGCAAGCUCCCACAAACAGAAAUGUGAUAGUGACCACCUUUUUUUUAGCGAUAGAAGGACAAAUGUUGGUCAGACACUGGGAAUAACACAGAGAUAAAAACAAAAAAACUGCGGAUGCUGGAAAUCCAAAAGAAAUUUGAGGACUCGAAACGUCAACUCUUUUCUUCUCCGCCGAUGCUGCCAGACCUGCUGAGUUUUUCCAGGUAAUUCUGUUUUUCACUGGGAAUAACACCCCUGCCAUGGGAUCUUUUACAUUCAUCCAGAGGGCAGACAGGGCCUCAGCUUCAUGUCUCAUCCAACAGUUGACACCUCAUCACUCCCUCAGUAGUGCAUUUGGACCGUCAGCCUUAAUUUUGUUCUCAGGUCUCUGGAGGGGGACUUGAGUCCACAGCUUUCUGCCUCUGAGGUGAGAAUGCUACUAGUUGAGCAAUAGGGGUCACCCAAUGUAAAGUACAAUUUAGAGGUAGAAUAAAGUUCCUCUACAAUUUCCCCAUUAUGUCUCAGACACAACAACAUCCUUUACUGUGCAACAUGGCAAUCUCCAAGUGAGAUUGCCAAAUUAGGGGCAGUCCUGUGCCCCUCAAACACCGGGCUGUGACUGCUCAAACUGACCUCUUAUAGGACAAGUAGGAAGACGUGUCUUUCAUUCUCUGGGAUGAAUUUGAACCCAGGCCUUGGAACAAUUCAGCAGCUUUAAGCAAAAUCCCAGUGCUUGCACCAACACAUUUUUCUAUAUUAUAGAAAACAAGCGGCAAAAACUAAAGGAAAUGGAGAUCUUGGAAUUGAAGCAACAUCACGUUGUUUCCCAAACGCAACCCUGGCAAUUGAAUUAAAUAUAAACCAUUUCUCAAUUGAACCUAAAAUGAAAGGAACAUUUUUUUUCUGGAGGAUUUUAAAGCUUUUUCUUUCAAAGCUAAAUUUUACAGAGGAAAAUAAAAAAAAGAAACGAG